AACAUGUGCUAGAGCUGUGGUGGUACUGUCUAUGAAACAAGAUGACGGGGGAUGACAGCAGACCCGUGUUGAGUGAUGAGGACAAUAAGAAAUACCAGGAACUGUUCAACAAGCUCGAUGUGAACAAAGAUGGACGCAUUGAUAUUGCUGAUUUGACGAGUUCUCUCACGGAGAUGAAUGUUCCUGUUGGUCAGGCUCAGGAAUUCUUGAAGAAACAUGAUGCUAAUAAAGACGGUCAGAUUGACUUUGCUGAAUUUCUGAAAUAUGUCACUGUACAUGACCAGCAACUUCGGCUUUAUUUUAAGAAAAUUGAUACAAAUCAAGAUGGUGCUAUAGAUGCUGGGGAGAUACAGGAGUCUUUCCGCAAGCUAGGUCUUACUAUUGACAGAAAUGAGGCACAAAAAUUACUACAAAGAAUGGAUAAGGAUGGUACAUUAAAGAUAGAUUUUAAUGAAUGGAGAAACUUCCUGUUGUUGUCACCAGCUCAGAACAUUCACGACAUGUUACAUUACUGGAGACAUGCGUCUAUCAUAGACAUUGGUGAAAACAAUAUGGUCCCUGAUGACUUCACAGAGAAAGAAAUGCAGACAGGUAUGUGGUGGCGCCACCUAGUGGCUGGUGGAGCAGCAGGAGCUGUGUCGAGAACCUGUACAGCUCCACUGGACAGACUCAAAGUUCUGCUACAAGUGCAUGCCUCCAGUAAAAACAACUAUGGAGUGAUUAAUGGCUUCCGGUUCAUGCUGAAUGAAGGAGGAGUUAAAUCUCUAUGGCGGGGUAAUGGAAUUAAUGUGAUCAAGAUUGCACCGGAAACUGCCAUUAAGUUCAUGGCAUAUGAACAAAUAAAAGCGUAUUUUCGGGGCGCAGACCAAAAGAAGGAACUGAAUGUCCUGGAACGCCUGUGUUCUGGUUCCCUAGCUGGAUGUAUAUCACAGACAGCCAUCUACCCAAUGGAGGUGUUGAAGACGCGAUUAGCUUUGAGGAAGACCGGCCAGUUUAAUGGAAUAUUUGACUGUGCUAUGAAGGUUUAUAAGAAUGAAGGAAUUAGAAUGUUCUACAGAGGAUAUGUGCCAAAUAUCAUUGGAAUUAUACCAUAUGCUGGUAUAGACUUAGCUGUAUAUGAGACAUUGAAGAAGAUGUACCGACAGAGGACCAAUGGCCAAGACCCUGGAAUUCUUGCUUUGCUUGGUUGUGGGACAAUUAGUUCUACGUGUGGUCAGCUGUCUAGCUAUCCUCUUGCACUUAUCCGCACCAAAUUACAGGCUCAAGGAGCAAAAGGACAGGACACGUUAUCCAGUAUGUUCAAGAAGAUUGUGAAACAGGAUGGAUUCUUUGGACUUUAUCGUGGUCUGGCUCCCAACUUUAUGAAGGUUAUACCUGCUGUUAGUAUAAGUUACGUGGUGUAUGAGCACUCACGUGAUGCCCUUGGUGUUAAGUCAGGGUAGGACUGUCCUGGAGGAAUGAGGAUAACUACUGUGAUAUGACGAGAGAUUCUGGCUCAACCGGAGUAUUACCUGCCAUUACACAUCAGUCUCUUUGAUGUCAACUCCAAACAUAUUCUGAAAGAGCUCUUUCCAAAUUGGAAAAUUCAAUAUCCCUGUGUCAGAUUUAUUAUAGGACAUUUUUUUUUUUUACAUUUAACAAAGGUACAAAAUAUGCUUCAGUGAGACUGGGCUGUAACAAAAGACAUGAUAUCAGUGACGAUGUCCUAACCAUGACAUUUACCUCAAGUAAUAAAAGGAUGUUUUCGUUGAAUUCUCAUCAGUUGCCAGUUUCUAAUUACUGAGCUGUAUCAAAUUUGAUAUUCCAAUUUUGUUGAUCAAGGAAUCUGAAUGCUGGUUAAGUAAAAAUAUAUGAACAUACCCUGUGGAAGUAAUGUCAAUUUUAAAAAUAUUCUUACGAUCAAAAUAUAUUCAAAAUUAAUUACGAUGUACAAUGAAACGCAUGUAUUAUUGAAAAGGUGAUACUAACAAGAUGUUUAUUCUUCGAAAUAUCUGGAUUUGUGGUACUGAAUGAAAAGUGAUGUGAUAGGUCCUUGUCUGAGCAGGGCUUUUUAGGUUUGUUUAGCUAGUUUUAAAUAAUUGGCCCUAAAUAUGCUAUGGUACUGACUGGCACAGGUGAACAGCAAAAUACAUUGCUAAGAUUUCAGUUACAAUUCCAGAAAUACUUACCACCCAAUGUAGUUUGUCUUAAGUUAAUAAUUAGCAAAUGAUGUAAAAAAAAAAUGCUGAUAAUUUAGCUGGUAAUUAUUAUUUAGCUGUUUGUAGUUUUCUUCUUAUCAAAGCAUUAUUCUCAGUUUAUUGUUUGAUAUAGUAGGUAUUAUAGAAAUGUCAGUGUCAACUUUAAUCAUAGAAAUAUUUAUAUAGAAUGUUAUCAAUAACAAACAGGUGUUUGUUUCUGAAUGUAGAUUAAGUUACUAGGCCACCGAUGCUGUACCAAACCACUGAACUGUAACGUCAGUUAUCUUCCUUAUCUUUUCCUGUUAUUUUCUAGGCAUAUGUGAUGAUGAUUGAAGGUUUCUAAUUUCUCAAAUUUGAUAACUUCUGGCCUAAAACACUUUUAUACACACUAAUUUGCUUACUUGUUGAAUAGGAUCAAAUAGUGCCUAGUUUUCAGUAAGAUGAAUGGUUAUGUGACUGUUUUGCUACAUAGUGAGAUUUAAAGAUGUCUAGUUAGAUUGGGUUGUUCUGGUACAAAGCAAAAUACAGAGACGUUUAAUUAGAUCAGGCUUUUCUGCUACAGAGUGGGAAAAAAAGAUGUUUAAUUAGAUCUGGCUAUUCUGCUGGUUCUGAAAUUUACCCAUGAUCUGGACAUCACUGAAAAGAUGAGUGGAGGUGAUAGGAAACUAGACCACCUCAGAUGUAGUUUAAAAUCAAUUGACUCUUCUUCUCUGUGUGACAUAAAUGAUAACCUGUACAUCUAGUAUUGAUCAUGGUACUGUUGGAAGUAUAUCUGAUUGAUAAAGGUCUUAUACAGGUCAGGUUUUAGUAGACUAUUUCCAUAUUAACAGCCAGUUCAGAGUUGAUGCCAUCUCUAUUAUACUGAAGCAAAACCAUAAGUAAGGGACCUUGUAAAUUUUAUUUAAUGUUUCAUAUCAAAGUAAUGACAUAAUUACAUUUGUGAGAUGUAUUGCUUCCCUUAAAGUGAUAAUGUACUGACUUGAUUUUUUUAUCAUUUCCACAUUUUGUUCCUUGUGAUGUGAACUUGCUCUAAAUAUUUCAGUUUAGGUUUAAAUGUCAUAUAUAUAUAUUGACUUUGUAGGCCUUUGUACCCUUAGACAUAAAUUUGAUGUGUUUUUCUAAAUUUCUAUAGUAAUUGUGCUUUUUGUUUAAAAAAAACCAGGCACUUGUAUUGUAAAAUGUCAAAUUACUUUAAAAAUCAAUGUUCUUUCAUUUUUUGUUUUACUUUUGUUUUAAU